UAAUGGAAACAAUCAUAAAUAUAAUACGGAAAAAGCCGCGUGCUGGACGAGUGAAUAAACAAAAAGUUAUCAGUUAUCAAACACAUUAUUCGAUGGAUUUUCUCGAGGCUUGUGGCGAAGAACACACGUUCAGAGCGACACAUGGAUUUUCAAGGAGCUCUACAAGUCGUGUUCGACUUACUAUGGACUUUGAUAAAGGUCAACUAUUUGACGGUGGUCGGCAUGUGGCGAACCAUAAUGCCACCAGAUCCAAAGGAUGUACGGGAAGAAGUCGUUCUCAUCACGGGUACCGGUCAUGGCAUCGGUCGUGAGAUGGCGCUGCGGUUCGCAAGACUCGGAGCUACCCUGGUGUGUGUCGACAUCAACGCCUCCACCAACGAGGAAACCGUCAGGAUCAUCAAACAGGAGAAGAAUAAGGCAUUCAGUUAUCAGUGUGACGUCACCGAUCGCGCUGCUGUGAUGCAAAUGGCUGAAAAAAUCCGUCAUGAAGUUGGCGAGGUGUCGAUCCUCGUGAACAACGCUGGGAUCAUGCCUUGCAAGCCGCUCCUUAACCAGACGGAGAAAGAAAUAAGACUGAUGAACGACAUCAACGUCAACGCUAACCUAUGGAUGAUCCAAGCUUUUCUUCCAUCAAUGAUGGAGAGGAACCACGGUCAUAUAGUGGCGAUGUCCUCUAUGGCGGGGCUGAUGGGACUUCGCAACCUGGUUCCGUACUGUGGGUCAAAGUACGCCGUCAGAGGCAUCAUGGAGGCAUUGGCGAUUGAACUCAAAGAGGAUCCAAGAGAGUUUAGCGGGAUUAAAUUCACAACGAUAUGUCCAUACAUGGUUGACACUGGGUUAUGCAAGAAACCCCGCAUCCGGUUCCCUAGUCUGAUGAAGGUGGUGUCUGCUAGUGAGACCGCUGACUUGAUCGUUGACGCUGUAAGGAGAGACAUCUUGGAGAUCACCGUCCCACAGGAACUACACUUCAUGAACAGAUACAUUUAUCGUUUCCUACCGUUCCCCGCUGCCGUCGCUUGGAACGAGUUCUUCAACACGGGCGUCGACUCCCACGAAUGAUGCAGCAUUUAAUUGAACCUAAAUGUAUUUUAACCGUUUGUGAGAUAAAAUAUCUUAUAACACAAUAAAUCUGACAAGAUGGAAUUAAAUUCAGAUAUUUAAAAAGAAAUAUAUAUAUAUAUAAAAAUCAUUUGAAAAUUGCAAAAAAAAGUAAAUUAGGUAUAACAUUUUUUAAUUUUUGUUUGGAGUAUGUUUUCAAAUAAAACGGCAUAUUUAUUACAUAUUAGCAUUGUUAAGGUGUGUGUUUUUUUGUAUGUAAAUAAAACAAUUUUUCUGUUUAUUUAUAUAAUAAUGUUAUUAUUUCUUUAAAUACAAUAAAAUAACUAAUAAAGAUAUACAUAUA